UGAGUCGGAAGCUUUGUUGGGGGUUUGUGUUUGAAGACUGAAUGAUACUUGCUCAAAAGAUGGACGAUUUGGGGGUCUUUUUAUCGACUGCAAUCUGCUGCAAUUCUGCUUUGUUCUUAACUUCCAACGAACAAUGUCUCCAUCCUCUUCUCUUCUAAAUGUGCACUACACCGUCUGAAUUACGAAUCAUCUACCCGAGACCACUCCAUUGCAAAACCCACUAAUACUCUUCGACUUCAGCAGCAGUUGCUGAAUUUGAACGAUGGCUCAAUUCACAGCACAAGGGCGCCUGAAACUGCUUUUCAACAGCGAUGGAAUUCGUUAUAAGCUAGUGGGAGGUGCGUUUGGUAAUGGGUUCAGAUCGUUUCAGCUCCACAAGGGGAAACUCAGUUUCUUAGGCUCUGGUACUACUAAGCUACAUGUUUUCUCCACUAGUGAAAACCCCAGAACCAGAAGCAAAUUUUACGCAGAAGCAAGGCUGAGUAUUGACGGUGAGAGUGAGAGUGGGAGUGGGAGUGGGAGUGGGAGUGAGGGCGAAGGGGGAAGUUAUGACGAUGACACUGAUGAUUUUUAUGAGACUGAUUUUGAUACCGAUGAAUUGGCUUGCUUUAGAGGCUUGGUCUUGGAUAUCUCAUACAGAACCCAUGUUACAUUGAGCAUGGGCAAAAGCAGAGUCGCAGAAUCACUGUUGGAAAUGACGGUGAACAGGGCAAUGCUGGUGACGGCGUCGCAAUUGGCGUCGUACGACCAGUUCAAGGAGACGAUUCUGGAGAAAGGGGUGAUGAGCGACGGGCUGGGGACCCACGUGACGGCGAGCUUCACGGCGGGGUUCGUGGCGGCGGUGGUUUUGAACCCGGUGGAUGUGAUCAAGAAUCCCACCCCCCUGGGGCCAUUACAACUUCAGCUUGUUCAGAUUGGUGUGGAGGACCAUCUUCGUCAUUACCACAACUCUGAUCUCCAUGUUGCUCCCGUUCUUCAACGACAUCGUGGGUCUUUUGGGGUCGGUGGGGUUCUGGCCGAUGACCGUUUACUUCCCGGUGGAGAUGUACAU